CGCAUUCGGGGGUAGGGGUCAACCAGGUCGCUUUCCGUGUUGCUAGAUCAGCUUGACCUGCAUUUGGCAGAGAUUUUCCGCUAGCCGAUCCUGCAAUGACGUCAGUCCAGGAGAAAUUGCUAGAGCACUUGCGAACCUGUUCCAAGGGCGCGCCGCCCGCGGACAAGAGAGAGAAGUCAUUACCACAGGAGCUCGUGUCCUGGUCACAACGAGUCGACAUGCUUUUGCCCUUGGUUCUUGCAGCCUGGCGGUGCAAGCUGCUACGGGAUGCUGCUGCAAUGAUGGUGGGCUUGGGCCUGGUGAUUGCAGGUGGCUUUGGGAGGCCGUUGCACAGCAUUGUGGGCUUGCUUUUUUUGGCCAUCGGAAUCAGGGGCCUUCCUGGUGGAGCUCCCUUUUUGGAGGUCAAGACAGAGGCAGGCUUUUAUGCAGCUCGGCACGGGCGCUACGGGACGAGGAAUGAACACAUUUGCAAAGCCUUUGAGGGCUGGCUCAGCACACAUGUUCCCUGCCCUUGGCAGAGAUCUGGGGAGCUGUGCACGGUCUUGCCCUACUUGCUCAACCAGAAGCGCUCUUCGGACCUGCCUUACGAGCGGUGCUGGCUCGAAGCCGAAGAUGGGGAGCGAUUUGCCUUCGACUGGGUCUUCCCUCCCACCGGCUUUGAUCCCCAGAGGCCGGUGUUGGUGCUCCUCACGGGCUUGGCUCCCAAUCAGCACUGGACAGCAGCUGCUGGAUUUAUAGCAGAUGCGGCAUGGCACUUUACGCAUCGUGCGAACAUGACUGUUGUGGUUCUCGUUGCUCGAGGAACUAUGGAUACUCAAGUGAACAAGAACCUCUUCCAUGGUGCACGUGUCACCGACCUCCGACAAAUGUUGGAGUUCACGCACUCGUCGCUGGAGAAAUUCUCAGGCAUCAAGCCGAAGAUCUUUGCUGCAGGCUAUUCGAUGGGUGCUAUCAUUUUGGCAAACUACUGUGGUCACUAUGACAAAGACCCGCUGAUUGCUGGUGGCAUCCAUUUCUCAGGUUUGCAUGAUGCCGCUUUCAACAUGAACUUCAAGUACUCAGAGGAAACAUGGCAGGCCUACUUGGCUUACAAUCUCAAGUGGACGAUUGCUGUUUCUGCCCAGGAGGAGGUGGGGUUUAUUGUGCAGGCAUCCAAACGUGGUGUGGACAUGAACCGCAUCAUGUCUGGGAAGGUGGCCAGUGUGGUUGAUAUAGACAAGGACUUCGUUUCGGUCUACAAUGGCUAUGAUGGUGUCCUGGACUACUACCGGGACUUGAGCCUGGCGUCCGAUGACAAAUGGAGAAAUGUCAGCAUACCGCUGCUAGCUGUGGCUGCCCGAGAUGACCCAAUCACCCACUGUGAUGCUUUGAGGGCCAAAGAGUUCUCGGCAGACAAUCACAACCUGCUCUUCCUCAUCACCGAUCGAGGCGGCCACGUCGGCUGGCCAAGGGGCGUGCGGCCCUGGAAGCAUGGCUGGGAUUUCAUCAAUGAGGCCAUCCAGGUCUUCAUUCAAAGCACAGAUGGCUGAGCUCAACAAGUCUGUACAGCCGUAUAUUACAUACUUCUCUCUGCCGGAUUUCAACCUUUAGCAAGACCUGGAAUCAUGGUCUUCAAGUCUUUUGCAGCUGCAAUGGCACACUUUGUUUGCACUUUGUGCCCUUGCAAGAGACUCUGUUAGCUAUUCAGAAAGACUCGCCUUGAUGCUGCAAUCCUCUACCACGGUUUUCACGGACCAAAGCCACGAUCCUGCUAGGUGUGGAAGGCGUCCUAGUUGCAGAACUUAUUCC